GGCACCAUAUUGCAUGUCUGCUAUCCAUAACCUCCCCUCUUUCGAUCCCUUUGACGAUGCAAGUAAGGGUGAGGAUCUGCUUCCUGCUGGCACUGGGGAUUAUAUCCAUGUAAGAAUUCAAAAGAGAAAUGGCAGGAAGACCCUUACUACCUUCCAAGGGAUCAUUGAUGAAUACAAUAAAAAGAAACUAAUAAAAGCAUUUAAGAAGAAAUUUGCCUACAAUGGUACUGUAAUUGAGCAUCAAGAAUUUGGAGAGGUAAUUAAGUUACAGAAUGAACUAUGCCAAAACACCUGCCAGUUCCUUUCAGAGACUGGACUGGCUAAGGACAACCAGCUAAAGGUUCAUGGGUUUUAAGUGCUUUGGGCUCACUGAAGGUUAAGAGAGGAUUUCCUUGCGAAGAGUAGUAUUUCCCUUCUGUCCCUUGUCACAAGUUUAAAAACCUCACAGCUUAUAUAAUAUAA